AUGAAGUUUGGCAAAGAUGAAACCUAUUUGUUCAUCGUGUAUAUCUUUGAUGUGUUUUUUGAUUUGAAUGUGUUGACCUACAAUGAUGUGCAUAUGAACUUCACUCCAGAAGAGUGGGCUUUGCUGGAUCCUUCCCAGAGGAUUCUCAACAAAGAUGUGAAGCUGGAGACCUACAGGAAUCUCACUGCUAUAGGCUACAAUUGGGGAGAUCAUAAUAUUGAGGAGCAUUGUCAAAGUUCUAGAAGACAUGUAAGUUCCAGAGAGAUGUGA